ACCAAGGGAGCGAGAGUGAGUGCAGGGCAAAGAGUGAGGGAGGAGAGAGAGAGAGAGAGAAGGAAGGAAGGAAAAAAUUGCAUACAGUCUAGGUUAGCAUUCAGGAGAUUUUUGGGCACUGAAUACACUCUCCUCUCCUCCGCCAUGACCCGCCCCGCCACCAUCUCACUUGGACUUCUGCUCCUCCUCAUUGGCUACACAGYAGCAGGACCUGAGUCUGAGCUCCAACCCAGAGCUGUCCGGUCGAGUGCCUGUCAGGACCACAGUACUCUUCAUGACAGACUGGAUGUAGUGGAGAAGCGUGUAGAGGACACAGUCCAGAAGCUGGAGGCUGAGCUGGCUGUGCUACUGGAAGCCAUAGAGGCCCCUGAGUGGAGCCCCCUGCUGGAAACUGCUGGAAAACCUGUGGUGGACAUCCUGGAUGGCCAGGGACUGGGAGAAGGUGGCGACUCCUGAGAGAGGAGAGCAGAGAUCUCUGUUGAGGGGCUAUGCUACUUCACUCUGCCCUGAUGAGGGUGCACCUGGCAAGGACAGACAAUGAAAGACACUUUAAAUGUACAAUCUUUGUUUUUCUGGAGUUGGAAGUGUACACAAACUGUAUAAAACAAGCCCUUUAAUGAGUAAACACAGGCUUAGUAUGUAUUCUGUGCAACAGUUGAUAGAUCACGACACUACUGCUUACUUGUCUGCAUAAUACACUCCUCUAAUCCUCA